AUGGGUUUUAAUGAUAAGUGGAGAAAAUGGAUUCAUGAAUUCCUGAGAAAACGAAUAGUAACAAUAUUGGUUAACGGAAGUCCUACCAAAGAAAUCAAGAUGGGGAGAGGAUUGAGACAACGGGACCCCUUGUUUCCUUUGCUAUUUCUCAUGGUGGCAGAAGGGAUCAAUUUAAUGAUGGAGACAAGUGUUCAUAGGAUAUUGUUUGAUGGAUAUGAGUUUGGAAAUAGCGACGUGGAAGUCUCACAUAUUCAAUACGCCAAUGGUACUAUUAUGAUAGGCAAAAGAAUUUGGAAGAACGUGUGGACAAUUAAAUCGACCCUCAAAAUGUUUGAACUAGUUUUGGGUCUGAGAAAUUAA